AUGGACCCUUCUCGGAUAAUCAAGCCCUGGAAGCUUCACCCUCAACGCGUCCUGGUCUUUGUGAACGCAACCAUCGUCGAUCCUGUCCAAGGAGAGUUGAUCCACAAUGCUACUGUUCGAAUUUCGGAAGGCAAAAUCACCCAUAUUGUCACCGAUUACACUACCACAGCCACAGAAGAUGUGGCGGAUGAGAGCAUUAUUGAUUUGAGUGGGAAGUUCCUAUGCCCGGGUCUGAUUGACUGCCAUGUGCACAUUGCAGUUGUGCCAGGCGAAGCCGAUCUACGAGCCUACAAAGACAUGUCAGAGCGAACCAGCCUUCUGCGCCAACCACGCGUACUGAAAUCCAUGCUCGACCGCGGCUUCACCUCGAUCCGCGAUUGCGGCGGCGCAAGUCUAGCCGUCAAGGAAGCAGUUGAAGAGGGAGUCGUUCCGGGACCACGGCUCUUCAUCGCUGGCUUCGCACUCUCACAGACAGGCGGACAUGGCGAUAUGCGUGGGCCCCACGAUGCCCAACUCUGCUGCGGUGGCUCGCUCUCCGGGAUUAGCAGGAUUGUCGAUGGCCCUGCGGAAUGCUACAAGUUUGCACGCGAUGAGCUUCGCCAAGGAGCUGAUUUCAUCAAGAUCAUGGGUGGGGGUGGCGUUGCUAGCCCGACAGACCGUAUUGAGCAUGUGCAGUUCUCAGACGAGGAGAUCAAGGCUAUCGUCACUGUUGCACGAAAUGCGGGGACGUAUGUUACGAGCCAUAGCUAUACACCACAGGCAAUUCAGCAGGCUAUCAAUCUCGGCGUACGAGGCAUUGAGCAUGGAAACCUCCUCGAUCAUGAGACGGCAAAGAUGAUGGCUGAAAAGGAUGUCUUUCUGACACCAACCCUCAUUGCGCAUGUCAUGUCAAAGCAGAUGAACUUCCUCCCAGCCGAUGGGGCAGCUAAAAAUGACGAAGUCCUUGAAAAGGGACUUAAGGCGAUGAAGAUGGCAGUGGAUGCUGGGGUCACUGUCUGUUUUGGAACUGAUCUCCUCGGUCCCAUGCACUUUGCUCAGAGCAAGGAGUUCUCUAUCCGCAGUACUGUUUUGACUCCACUGCAGAUCCUGCGAAGUGCCACUAUCAAUGCUGCUCGUCUCAUCAUGCAGGAAGACCGCCUGGGUCAGGUUCGGGAGGGAUUUGUGGCAGAUUUGCUUGUCUUGAAUGAGAACCCUCUGGAGAAUAUCACUAUCCUAGAUCGGGUGGAGGAGCAUGUCCUGAGCGUUAUCAAGGAUGGGAGAGUUGCCACGUCGCGAUGGGAUCAGUUGAAGGUGGAUAUCCGUCCUUGA